AUGGGUCAGGACGUAAGUGAGUUGAAAAGCUUUAGGGAUGAGGUGAGAUCUACCUUAAGGGACCAUGGUGAAAGACUAAAGAGGAUGGAGUCUCAAGUAGGAGAGCUAUUCCAACAAGCCCCCAAGUCCACUGCAGUGUUCCCUAGUGACACGGAAAAGAAUCCUAAAGGGGAACAAAAGGGAGUGAGAUGGGAAGACUGCAAGGCCAUCACUAUAUUGAAGGAAGUCUCAGAAGAAGAAGGAAUCAGACCAUCAAAACAGGAGCCAGAAAUCUUGAAGGAAGGUGUGGAAGAAGCUAAGCAGGAAAGUGAAACUGAGCAAGCCAAGGAACUGCAAAAAGGCAUGAUGGAAGAAUAUCAACCAAAAGCACCAUUUCCUCAGAGGUUAGGAGGAGGAGAAAAAGGGAAAACCUAUUCAAGGUUUUUAGAGACAUUUAAGUCUCUCCAUAUUAAUAUUCCCUUUCUUGAGAUUCUCCAGCAGAUGCCUACACAUAUCAAGUAUUUAAAAGAAUUGUUGAGCAAGAAAAGAGUUUUGAAGGGAGGACAAACGGUAACAAUGAACAAAGAAUGCAGUGCCCUCAUCAAGAAGGACACAAGGCUACAACUGAAUGAGGUGAGAUCCACUGAUGUAAUCAUACAACUAGCUGACAAAACUCAGAAGCAAGCUGAAGGGGUAGUUGAGAAUGUGCUGGUUAAAGUGGGAGAUUAUUACUUCCCCACAGACUUCGUCAUUUUGGACAUGGAGGAAAGCUACCUACACCCUAUCAUUCUGGGCAGGCCAUUUCUAGCCACUACUAGAGCGAUCAUAGAUGUAGAACAAGGAGAGCUAAUUCUGAGAAUACAUGAUGAACAGCUCAUUUUCAAAGUUUUCAAACCUGCAUCUGAGCCUGAACCAGAAUCUGAAAAGCCUAAGGAUGAUAGUAGCCAUCUAUGUUUGGAGGAAAGCAAGCCAGCAACUGAAACUCUAAAAUAG